AUGACGCAAGGCGGCUGUGGCUACGGCGGGCAGGUGGUGACUUUCCCGGCAGUCGGCGCCGAGAUGUCCGGCGCGUUACUGUUGCUGCUGCUGGCUGCGCCCGCGCUGGCCACGCCGGCGCACUCACACCUCGAGUGGCUGCUGGACCUCUACAACCCGCUGCGCUGGCGCGCGCCGCCCGCAGACAUUCAGGGAGACUGCGGUGACAAUUUACGCCAGCUGAUCGAGGAGUUGCGCAAUGGCUCUCUGUGGGCAUCAAGCAUGGUGGACGCGAGCGGUCGCUACUCGUCGCAGUUCCUAUUCGGCAAUGACCUGUGGCUGGGCUCGCAGACGCUGUGCGACGAGACCGCAGCCAGCGCGCCGUGGCCAGUCACCUUCUACGUGGCGCGCCUCCGUCUACGUCUCUCCCCCGCGCUGACGCCGCAGACUCGCACCGUGCUGCUGGGCGUCUGCAUGCCGGCGUCCUGCGGACCUCAGCAGCUGUCGCGGCUGCUGGAGGCGUCGGGGGCGGCGGGGGCGGCUGGCACGGGCCGCGAGCUGAGCGUGGUGCGCGUGCGCCCCGUGCCCGGCGGCUAUCGCGUGCUCGCCGACCCCAGGCUGCACAUCAUUUGGGGCGUAGCUGCGGUGCUGUUGGUGCUGAUGGCGGCGGGCACGGUGUACGACCUGGUGCUGCGCUGGCGCCGCCCGCCGGCUGACAAGGCGGCCGCAUCCGCCCCCGCACCUGCCGGAAAAUGUUCAAUGCUGCUUCUCGCAUUUUCUGCGCGCAUAAACGGCCAAAAAAUCUUGAAAUGUGAAGGAUCAGACGAAGCUCUGGGAUGUGUCCAUGGGAUGCGUUUCCUAAGCUUGGCUUGGGUCAUCAUGGUACAUACUUACCUGCAGGUUUUCUCUAUUGCAGAAAACAAGACGCUACGGAGUGUCACUGAGAGAAGCAUCAUGUACCAAACUAUCAGCAACGCUACAUUUUCCGUGGAUACGUUUUUCUUCAUCAGUGGUCUGCUGGUAACUUUCUUAUUCCUCAGGUCAGCCGCUUCCAAAGACAAUGAAACCAAGACAAGGGCUCCAGCUACUAUAAAAUCAGGAGUGCUGCAAUUUAUCAAGCUCGUAUUCUAUCGUUUCAUUAGGUUAACUCCGGUGUACCUUUAUGUGUUAGGCUUGGUAGAACUGAGUAUGAAGUGGCUGAAUAACAAAUCAGUAUUUGAGCCCAACGUGUUCGACCACAUAAAUUGUGAAAACUUCUGGUGGCGCAACGCUCUUUAUAUAAACAGCUUAUUCCCCAGGAAAGAAAUGUGUAUGCUGUGGAGCUGGUACAUGGCAAAUGACACACAGUUUUAUGUACUUGGAAUUUUAUUACUUCUCAUAUCUACCAGGUUCUUCAGAACUGCGUGCGUAGCUUGGGCUGCCCUGCUGCUGUGUUCUUGGUCGACCACUGCGUUUAUCUCGGUCCAGUACGAGUACAAAGCCAGUAUUCAAGAACCAUUUGCUCUGUUUGAUCAACUUUAUGACAAACCAUGGACAAGGAUUGGCCCAUACCUAGUUGGAAUGGCAACAGGAUGGAUUCUACUCAAAACAAAAUGUGUCAUCAGGAUACCUUUGGUGUGUGUUUUCAUGGGAUGGGUUGCAUCACUGCUUUGCCUUAUCAGUUUAGUGUAUGGGCUUCCCCUAUCCAAGCUGGAAGUCUAUGCAUCAGCUUCUUAUGUAUCUCUUGGACACACUGCCUGGUGCCUAGCUCUUGCAUGGAUCACAAUAGCCUGUUGUGCUGGCUAUGGAGGUGCUGUGAAUUCACUCCUGUCAUUUCGUGCACUGUAUCCACUCAGCAGAUUGACGUAUUGUGCAUACCUGGUGCAUCCACUGAUAAUGUUCCUGACAAGCUUCCAGAUGGAUGGUCCUUUGCAUAUUCAUAAUGGCCUUGUGGUUGUCUUGUAUCUUGGGAAUGUAGUGGCAGCGUUCCUCCUAGCAUUUGUCAUAUCUCUAAUGCUAGAAUCUCCAAUUGUCAAUAUUCUAAAAUUAGGAAUGCAAACAAGAAAAAGGGACAGCUGAAAGACAGCAUAAAUAUAUUGAUAAAUUCUUCUCGGUUAUCAGCUGAGUGUUGGCGUCGUCUUGUCGCAACAUUUCAAUGAGUUUCAUACCCAUCAUCUUCUGGUGAGAAGACUUCAUCAGUGGAAUACGCCAAGAAAGACUGCAAUCGCAUAUAGCAUAAAUAUGUUGUUUUCAACAAUAUUCCAUGGUUUUAUUGUU